AUGGCUCAGGUUCAGGUUCAGCCUCAGAAUGCGAUGCCCGGUCCCAACGGUGCUGCUGCUGCUGCUGCUGCUGGAGGAAACCAGUUCGUGACGACAUCGCUUUACGUCGGAGAUCUCGACCCCAACGUGACGGACUCACAGCUUUAUGAUCUGUUCAGUCAAUUGGGCCAAGUUGUGUCUGUUAGGGUUUGCAGGGACUUGACCAGCCGAAGAUCGCUCGGUUACGGCUAUGUCAACUAUAGCAACCCUCAAGAUGCUGCUAGAGCAUUAGAUGUUCUGAAUUUCACUCCUCUCAACAACAAGCCCAUCCGUAUUAUGUAUUCACAUCGUGAUCCCAGUAUCCGGAAAAGUGGGGCAGGAAAUAUUUUUAUCAAGAAUUUGGAUAGGGCAAUUGACCACAAGGCAUUACAUGAUACCUUCUCUACAUUUGGGAAUAUCCUUUCAUGCAAGGUAGCAACGGAUUCAUCUGGGCAAUCAAAAGGAUAUGGCUUUGUUCAGUUUGAUAAUGAGGAAUCUGCCCAAAAAGCCAUAGAGAAGCUGAAUGGUAUGCUGUUGAAUGAUAAGCAAGUGUAUGUGGGACCCUUCCUUCGCAAGCAAGAGAGAGAGAGUGCUAUUGACAAGGCAAAAUUCAAUAAUGUUUUUGUAAAGAAUCUAGCAGAUUCGACUAGUGAUGAUGAAUUGAAGACAAUUUUUGGUGAAUUUGGAACUAUUACUAGUGCUGUAGUGAUGAGGGAUGGAGAUGGGAAAUCAAAGUGCUUUGGGUUUGUGAAUUUUGAGAAUGCUGAUGAUGCUGCUAGGGCUGUUGAGGCUCUCAAUGGCAAAAAAUUUGAUGAUAAGGAAUGGUAUGUUGGAAAAGCACAGAAGAAAUCUGAAAGGGAGAAUGAAUUGAAACAACGAUUUGAGCAGAGCAUGAAAGAAGCUGCUGAUAAAUAUCAAGGGGCAAACUUGUAUGUCAAAAAUUUGGAUGAUAGCAUUAGUGAUGAUAAACUUAAGGAGAUGUUCUCCCCUUUUGGUACCAUCACCUCUUGCAAGGUUAUGAGGGACCCAAAUGGCGUUAGUCGUGGAUCUGGAUUUGUGGCAUUCUCAACUCCUGAGGAGGCAUCUAGAGCACUCUCUGAGAUGAAUGGCAAAAUGGUGGUAAGUAAACCUCUGUAUGUGACUCUAGCCCAAAGGAAAGAAGAUAGAAGAGCUAGACUGCAGGCUCAGUUUGCCCAAAUGCGACCUGUUGGAAUGCCACCAUCUGUUGGUCCUCGAGUGCCAAUGUAUCCUCCAGGUGGUCCAGGUAUUGGUCAACAAAUAUUUUAUGGCCAAGGCCCUCCUGCUAUCAUUCCUUCCCAGCCCGGAUUUGGUUACCAACAACAACUUGUGCCUGGUAUGAGGCCAGGUGCAGCUCCUGUGCCAAAUUUCUUUGUGCCAAUGGUUCAGCAGGGACAACAGGGUCAGCGCCCUGGUGGAAGGCGUGCAGUCCAGCAGUCGCAGCAGCCAGUUCCAAUGAUGCCACAGCAGAUGCUUCCUAGGGGACGUGUCUAUCGAUAUCCUCCUGGCAGGGGCAUUCCUGAUGUUCCUAUGCCUGGGGUUGCUGGGGGUAUGUUUUCUGUUCCAUAUGAUGUGGGUGGGAUGCCACUUCGUGAUGCAUCACUCUCCCAGCAAAUUCCUAUUGGGGCUUUGGCAUCGGCUCUUGCUAAUGCUUCUCCAGAGCAGCAGAGGACGAUGCUGGGUGAGAAUCUUUACCCCCUUGUGGAGCAGUUAGAGCCUGAUAAUGCUGCAAAAGUCACAGGCAUGCUUCUUGAGAUGGACCAGACUGAAGUUCUGCAUUUGCUCGAGUCACCAGAAGCGCUGAAAGCAAAGGUGGCUGAGGCGAUGGAUGUCCUAAGGAAUGUUGCCCAGCAGCAGCAGGCUGGCAGUGCUGCUGAUCAGCUGGCUUCUUUAUCACUUAAUGACAACCUUGUUUCUUAAGGUUAUUUUGGAGUUUACUUAGCAUGAAUUGGAUUGUUUUUUUCGGCACUGGCUUUCAUACAGUUUUCAGGUUGAGUUUGUUUCUUUAGAUUAGACACUUUUGGUUUGUGGUGCACCACCUUCUUUUGGUUGAAGGAUACUUCAACACUGAUUUUAAUUAUGUCUUGCAUUUGGUACAUGAAAUCAUUUGUUGGUUUAUCUUUGAUUUUUGGAUAAAUUAUUGGUUACCGGCGAACA